AUGGCUCCUAUAAAGUGCGCUCGCUGCGACAAAGCACCCACCAGCAAAGACAUCUUAGUCUGCUCCGCUUGCAAACUCACGUAUGAUAUUGAAUGCGCAAGUGUGACCUACGCACGAUGGAAUCUUAUGAAUCCGAAGCAAAGAACCAGCUGGAAGUGCUCCACAUGCUGCGAACAAGCCCUGCAGGCUUCAAAAGAUAAUAAUAGUAGCGUAACUACACGUGCAAAGACAAACAGGCCCGCGAACGAAGCUCAGUCGGAUGGGCCGGCACGCCUCAACGAAGCCCCAGUAUACAGUGAGGACCAGAUGUCUACAUUAAUAUCCGAAAUACGUCUACUUCGUGCAGAUAUCCAUACAAUUCGAGAGGAAAUGACGCAAUUCCGUGAAGAAAUGAGAACCGAAAUAGCAUCCUGCAAAACCAACGUAACAAAGGUGGAGCAGCGGGUAAAUAAUAUAGAAGAACGUCUGCUAGAGCUGGAGGGCUGUAGGUCACAGACAAUCGAACUUAAAGCAACCAUUGAAUGCUUAAAGACGGAAAUGAACGAUAAGGAGCAGGAUAUGCUAAUCAAUGACGUGGAGAUCGUCGGCAUCCCCGAGAGCAGCGGCGAAAGUAUUGAACACAUGAUAUGCCUACUUGCCACCAAAAUCGGCACAACACUGGCCGUAACCGACAUAGCCGAGGCGUACCGGAGCGGCCCGCGGCGCAUCGAAGCGAGCGGCGCGCAGCCCGCGCUUCCGCGCCCCAUUGUCGUCCGAUUCGUGCGGCGAGCUGUUAAGGAGCGCGUGCUACGGGCUGCACGAGUGCGCAGAAACAUGUCCACCACCGACCUUGAAUUGCCUGGUAAAGCGAAAUCGGUGUACAUGAACGAAAGACUUACAAGGGAAAACCGCCGAAUAUUUAAGAAAGCUAGAGAGGAAGCCAGUAAAAGAAGCUGGAAGUAUGUUUGGACAAGGUUUGGUAGAAUUGAGAAGCAAGCAGAGGGGCGGCAGGCGCAUCGUCUUCGCAAUGAUGAAGAUUUCUCUAAGGUUUUUAUGGACAGUCAGCUGGACACCGAAAUGUCCUAA